AGUUCGGUAAAACAAUAACACGAGAUUAGAAAGGAUGCUUGAGGGACCAAAGUUCGAUAUGCUCGCUGUUGGCAAUCACAACAACUACGAUGCCUUCACACAAGACUUUUAUCAAAAGCUCGGUGAAGAAGAAGGUACAAACAUGUCCAUGGACAGUCUCCAGACAAGUAACGCAGGAGGGUCCGUAUCCAUGUCUGUGGAUAACAGUAGCGUUGGUUCUAGUGAUGCUCUUAUUGGCCAUCCUGGUUUAAAGCCUAUGCGUCAUCCCUACUCACUCUCCGUUGGACAAAGCGUGUUUCGCCCAGGGAGAGUCACACAUGCGCUUAACGAUGAUGCCUUGGCACAAGCGUUGAUGGAUAGUAACUAUCCAACAGGGGGAUUGGCUAACUAUGAAGAGUGGACUAUAGAUUUGAGGAAACUUCACAUGGGUCCCGCUUUUGCGCAAGGUGCAUUUGGUAAGUUAUACAGAGGCACUUACAAUGGAGAGGAUGUGGCUAUUAAGAUACUCGAGAGGCCAGAGAAUAGCCCUGAAAAGGCACAAGCUCUGGAACAGCAGUUUCAGCAGGAGGUGUCUAUGCUUGCGUUUUUGAAACACCCCAACAUCGUUAGGUUUAUCGGCGCAUGUAUUAAACCGAUGGUGUGGUGCAUUGUGACUGAAUAUGCAAAAGGAGGCUCUGUGAGACAAUUUUUGACGAAGAGACAGAACAGGGCUGUGCCUUUGAAGCUGGCUGUUAAGCAGGCGUUGGAUGUUGCUAGAGGUAUGGCUUACGUCCAUGAGAGGAACUUUAUACACAGGGAUUUGAAGUCAGAUAACUUGCUCAUAUCAGCUGAUCGGUCCAUCAAGAUUGCUGAUUUUGGCGUUGCGAGAAUUGAAGUUCAGACUGAAGGGAUGACACCAGAGACUGGGACUUAUAGAUGGAUGGCUCCAGAGAUGAUUCAGCAUAGACCCUACACUCAAAAAGUGGACGUGUAUAGUUUUGGAAUAGUGCUGUGGGAGUUGAUAACGGGUCUGUUACCGUUCCAGAACAUGACAGCAGUUCAAGCUGCAUUUGCUGUGGUUAACAGAGGAGUGCGUCCAACGGUCCCAGCGGAUUGUCUCCCUGUGCUUGGGGACAUCAUGACACGUUGCUGGGAUGGGAACCCUGAAGUUCGUCCUUGUUUUGCAGAGAUUGUCAAUCUUCUUGAGGCUGCUGAAACCGAGGUGAUGACGACUGUGAGAAAAGCCCGUUUCAGAUGUUGCAUGACGCAACCAAUGACAAUAGACUAA